GCCUUGGCUAGACAGCGGUACGUGUGCAAAUUCAGCACGUUACGAUAGAACAGCGGAAGUGUGUGUCGUCCUGCGCGGCGCCGGCUCGUGCUGUUCUUGAGCCUAAGCUAGGCAAGAGGAUGCCGUCGAUUGAAUACGACGACUCAAAGCCCAGUUGGGCUGACCAAGUCGAGGAGGAAGGAGAUGAAGGCACACUACCAUCCCCAAAGGAAACCAUAAAAGGAAACAUUAAAACAGUCACAGAAUAUAAAAUUGAUGAUGAUGGAAAGAAGUUCAAGAUUGUGAGGACUUUCAAAAUUGAGACAAGGAAAGCCUCAAAAGCUGUUGCUAGAAGAAAGAAUUGGAAGAAAUUUGGCAACUCUGAGUUUGAUGCACCAGGUCCCAAUGUUGCUACUACUACAGUCAGUGAUGAUGUCUUCAUGACUUUCAUUUCCAGCAAAGAGGAUUUGAAUGCCCAAGACCAGGAUGAAGAUCCCAUGAACAAAUUGAAAGGACAGAAGAUUGUGUCUUGUCGUAUUUGCAAAGGCGACCAUUGGACCACCCGCUGUCCAUACAAGGACACCCUGGGCCCCAUGCAAAAGGAGCUGGCUGAACAGCUUGGACUUUCCACUGGAGACAAAGAGAAGCCAGCUGCAGAACCAGAGCCUGUGCAGCCAGCACAGAGCAAAACUGGGAAGUAUGUGCCUCCGAGCCUGAGGGAUGGAGGCACAAGGAGAGGAGAGUCCAUGCAGCCUAACCGCAGAGCUGAUGACAAUGCUACCAUUCGUGUGACCAACUUGUCUGAGGAUACCCGUGAGACAGACUUGCAGGAGCUCUUUAGACCAUUUGGCUCCAUCUCGAGGAUCUACCUGGCCAAAGACAAGAACACGGGACAGUCAAAGGGAUUUGCCUUCAUCAGUUUCCAUCGCCGGGAGGAUGCAGCCAGAGCCAUCGCAGGAGUUUCAGGAUUUGGAUAUGACCACCUUAUUCUUAAUGUUGAAUGGGCCAAACCAUCAAACAACUGAAGAACGUAGAAGAAUAUUUCCAGGAAGAUGCCAGAUUGUGUAAUAAAAUGUGGCCGUCGUUUAAAUAAAAAGAAUUAACUGUC